CGUCUCUUUUGUCACUGUAGGGCCUGACUUACACUCCGCCCAGUCUCGGAAGACGUCACUGUUCCGCGCCGGAAGUCUGUUUUCUUGGUCUUUCCCUCAACACCUUCCCCUUCUUCGGCCCCACAAGAUCCCGGGUCAUGAGCCGGAAGAGGCUGCACCUGGUCCCGGAGACUUUGGGACUGAAGAGGCGGCGGGAACCAGGGCAUGCAGAAGGAGAUCCUUUGAGGGGCGAGGCAGUUCACGUCCCAGUAACCAGGCCUCUCCGCCCAGGAUCGGCACGCGCGGCAGUCGCGGAGCUGGUGCGGCUGUUCCCCCGAGGUCUGUUCGAAGAUGCGCUGCCGCCCAUCGCGCUCAGGAGCCAGGUGUACAGCCUUGUGCCCGACCGGACUGCGGCUGACCGGCAGCUGAAGGAACUUCAGGAACAGGGGGAGAUCAGAGUCGUCCAGCUAGGCUUCGACCUGGAUGCCCAUGGGAUCAUUCUCACCGAGGACUACAAGACCAGGGUCCUCAAGACCUGCAGUGGGCGAUCAUAUGCUGGGGCUGUGCAGAAGUUUCUGGCUUCGGUGCUUCCAGCCUGUAGGGACCUUAGCUUCCAGCAGGACCAAAUGACGCAGACCUUUGGCUUCACAGACACAGAGAUCACGCAGCUGGUGAACGCUGGAAUCUUCACCGUCCGAGAUGCUGGGAGUUGGUGGCUGGCUGUUCCUGGAGCUGGGAGAUUCAUUAAGUAUUUUGUUAAAGGGCGCCAGGCUGUCCUUGGCAUGAUCCGGAAGGCCAAGUACCGGGAGCUACUCCUUUCAGAGCUCCUGGGCCGGCGGGUGCCUGCCUCGGUGAAACUGGGUCUCGCCUACCACGUGCAUGACCUCAUUGGGGCCCAGCUGGUGGACUGUGUCUCCACCACUUCUGGAACCCUCCUGCGCCUGCCGGAGACGUGAGGAUUCCACUCAUCGUGGCAGACCUCCCUGCAGUGGAGCAAGAGGGGCCCGGGAGUGUUGCCCAGUGGUGGCCGAGACAGGGUCACCUUGCAAAGCUUGGGGCUAGGACCGUGAGUUUUGGACUCAAGAGUGUGAUGUCAGACGUGACUGCUGCUGUUAACCUGGGCUCGGAGCCAGUCGUGGGGUCUGGGUGGUGCUGCUCUGCCCUUCCGUGGAAGUGGAGUCAGAAGACGUGCCAAGGCCAUGGCCGCUGCCUUUCGUGCUGCUGUUAACUGUCCCGGGCUAGGAAGGUGGGGUUUCCGAGGAGGCUGGUGGGGGAGGGCAGGGUUCUCUUCCCUACAUGCUGGGUUGAAGCUGCCAAAUAAAGUGUUUCUGAUGGUGCUGUUUCC